UCCUAAAGAAUGCGCAGGUGACAAGUGUCCACAACUCACGGGGAAAAUGAGCCAACCGGGAUCAACUCGACUUAAGAUGAAAAGCCAAUCGUGAGGAGUGUCUGGUGUGCAAAGAAAAGAGUAAGCUUUGAGGAACGCAGUAAUUUUCCCAAAAGUGCAAAAGAAGUAGGAGCUGAACCGGAGGAUGAGAUGUACAUAGAGCAACAGCUGCCUCUGCAAUCUUCAGACUCGAUCAAGAUGGGGGAUUAUAACUGGACAUUCACUGGCAAUGAUAGCGGUACAUCCUCUGCCUACAUUGACCAUGUUGGAAUUCACAACAGUUCACAAAACAACAACCAGUCACAUUUUGAAUCUGGAAUGUCUGACACUGUCACCACUUUGGCCACUGCUGUUGUCUUCAUUAUUGUAUUUAUCGUUGGUCUCCUUGGAAACUCGCUGGUUAUUUACGUGGUGGUCCGCUACGCCAAGAUGAAAACUGUGACCAACUUGUACAUUCUCAACUUGGCGUUGGCUGAUGAACUCUAUAUUCUUGGUAUUCCCUUCCUGACCACUCAAAAUGUGCUAUACUACUGGCCUUAUGGGGAGUUCCUGUGUAAAAUAUACAUGACAGCUGAUAUCAUGAGCCAGUUUACUUCUACUUUUUGCCUUACGGUGAUGAGUAUCGAUCGGUACCUAGCUGUGGUUCACCCUAUGAGGAGUGUCAGGUGGCGAAAGCCAAAGGUGGCAAAGAUACUCAACGCAAUGAUGUGGGUAGUUUCCUUUCUCAUUGCGUUGCCGGUAACAAUCUGUUCCAACGUGCAAGAGAAUUUUAACACUUGUAACAUAACAUGGCCUGAGCCCAAGAACUUGUGGUCCAAUGUUUUCAUCCUCGUCACGUCCAUCUUGGGUUUCUUUGGUCCAGUCGUGGUGAUUUGCCUGUGCUACCUCCUGCUUGUCAUCAGGGUCAGGUCAGCAGGUGCAAAAGCCGGUCUGACAAAGCGCCGAAAGUCCGAGCGUAAGGUGACCCGCAUGGUGGUGAUCAUUGUUCUGGUUUUUGUCCUUUGCUGGCUGCCGUUUUUUAUCACCAACAUCGUCAACCUGGUUUAUACGAUCCCUGAAAGCAGCACUACUGUUGCCAUCUACUUCAUCCUGGUCAUAUUAACCUACGUCAACUCCUGCUCCAACCCCAUCCUCUACGGCUUCCUGUCCGAUAACUUCAAGCAGAGUUUCCAGAAUGUUCUCUGCUUGAACAAAUCUGCUGAGGGCGUCACGGUGGAUCAGCAGGCCCUCACGCCAAACCUAGAUCGAACAGUUCCCACCCAAGUCCCAGGUUCACCGAGAGCAAAGAAUGGUACAACGGGCAACUAGAGUGUCCAAAUGGAGAGGAUUUCCCAAACCAACAAUGAGCAGUUGAAGUCCUCCAUGUUGUAAACUUUAAAAUUGCUUGGACAAUUUCAAGUUUUUUUAAUAGGACUAUGUGACUAAAGAAACUGAGAACACAUGGAACCAAUUUGUACAUUCCUGAUAUUGUACUGUACGAUUGUUAUGUGUCUGGUUGUAUUUACUUGUUAUUAAAACUAGAUGUAAAUAUAGAAAUGUUAUAAAUUCUUAAAUGUGCACUAUGUAGCUUUUCCUUGUAUCAUGUUUUGUUACUUUUAGCAGGCUCGCCCUUCCAUAGAUCUGACUGUAUUUUGGCCAAGUGGUAUUCCCAGCUUUUCUCCAUGGAGGUAGAUUCAGAUACAGAGGAACAUUCUAGGCAAAGAUAUAACAUCUCCAUGGAAACAAGUAGGUGGCAAACCCUCCACCAGACAUGUUACAUAGUGCACCUUUAAAUCGCUCAAUUCUGCUGUGUUGGAUAUUUUAUGCGCCAUUUUGUUUCACUGUACUUCGCCAUUUUAUUGUCGUCUUGUGGUUAUUUGCAAAUCUUUUACAGUUGUAUAUAUAGCACAGUUUCAUAGUUCAUCAGUUCAAGUAAAUCAAAGUCAUAUUCGCUAAA